GUGAGUGAGAGAGAGAGACAGAGAGCGAGAGAGCGAGAGCGAGAGAGAGGCAGACCGAGACAGAGAGCGAGAAAGGUAGAAAGAGGCAGACAGAGGCAGAGAGCGAGAGAGAGAGAGAGAGCUAGGGAGCGAAAGAGCGAGAGAGAGAGCUAGGGAGCGAAAGAGCGAGAGAGAGAGAGAGAGCUAGGGAGCGAAAGAGCGAGAGAGAGCCGCACACAGUACACACUGAUAGAAACAGAGAGAAAGAGGUUGAAAGUGAGACAUUGAGACAGUGUAGUGAUACUGAUUGGAAGAAAAUAAGAAGAACGGAGUAACAGACUGACACAAAGUUAGACCAGGAGGGCAGAGAGAGAGACAGAGAGAGAGACAGAUAGAGAGGCAACAUGUGUCUGCUGUGAUAAGUUCUACUCUUUCCCUCUAAAUAGACUGGGAGACGAACCUUGAGGACAGGCUGAGGGGCCCUAAUACUGAGACUUGGACUGAAAGAAGAGCACAGUCACACACGGACUGACCCUGCUUUUGGUCUAUUAGUGCUGCUCAGGGUGAUCUGAGAUGGUCAGACUAUAUACCUACAGCUAUGAAGAACAGUGUGGACACACCUGGGCAGACUUGAAUGGACGCACAGACCUGAAUACUCCUUGACAUAUAAAUAGACCUGCAAUCAGAAGCCUGAGCACACUGAGACCUCCACUGCUCUGAACAAGCCUCACCAUUGGCCAGCCACAUCCUGACCAGUGGCUGUUCCCGGUGUGCAGGGUUAAGAUGAGCCUGUCCAAUCAAAGCUGUGGUAGUAGCAUUGACGACCUGCGGCGCUACCAACAUCAUGUUUACGCAGUUGUCUACAGCGUCAUCUUGGCCCCGGGCCUUCUGGGUAAUGUCCUGGCUCUUUGGGUGUUCCAGGCAUACGUCAGGGAGACCAAGAGAGGAGUGGUGUUCAUGAUGAACCUGGCUGUAGCUGAUCUCAUGCAGGUCCUCUCCCUACCUCUCCGUAUCUACUACUACCUGAACCAUACCUGGCCAUUCGGCCAGCCUCUCUGCAUGUUGUGUUUCUACCUGAAAUACGUCAACAUGUACGCCUCUAUAUUCUUCCUGGUGUGUGUGAGUGUGCGGCGCUGUGAGCUCAUCAUGCACCCGCUGAGGUACCGUUCCAACAGACGACGAGGGGACAUGUGUGUGUGUGCCGCUGGCUGGUUGCUGGUCUGUCUCGGCUGUCUGCCUUUCCCUCUGCUCCGAAACACCAGCCUGACCCCUGACCUCUACACUCACACUGCCCCCUAUGACCUUACCCCUAACCCCUAUGCCUCCAGUCCUAGCUCAUAUGCCCCCACCUCUUCCCCAACCCCUACACCUGGCCCUACCUCCCUGGUGGCGGUGUGUUUUGCGGAGCUCCCCAUGCGUGAAGUCAGCCCUGCGGCCGGCUGGGCUCUGAUGGUGGGGGCGGAGCUGGUUGGCUUCAUCCUCCCUCUGAUCCUAGUUCUGACCUGCGCCUGUCUGUCAGCCGGCAGCCUGCGAGUCCACAGGGGGGAGGGGGAGGGGGGAGGGGUGAAGGACCAUGGGGAGAAGAAGAGGGCGUUGAGGAUGGUGUUGAGCUGUGCCGGAGUGUUCCUGCUCUGCUUCUCCCCAUACCAUGUCACCAUGCCACUAGACUUUCUGGCAAAGGCCGAUGCCCUGGGGAGCUGUGAGGUCAGAGAGAUGGUGCUGCGAUGCCAUCCUGUCACCCUCUGUCUUGCCAGUCUCAACUCAGGACUGGACCCUCUCAUGUAUUACUUUACUACAGAUGAGUUUAGGAGAAGAUUCAGCAGGCCAGAAAUACCUGAAAGCUUCAGUCUGGCUCCAAGACUAUCCUGUACUAGUGGUGGGGGGGAGAAGGACCUGCCUCUGACACCUGAACCUGACCUAUAACCCCUCAGCAGGCCAGCGAUACCUGAGCGCUUCAGUCUGGCUCCAAUAAUCUCCUGUACUAGUGGUGGGGGGAGCAAGGACUUGCCUCUAACCCUGACCCUGGCCCCAAGACUGUCCUGUACUGGUGGAGUCUGUAAGACUGAACCCUGACCUCUAACCCCAAGACUGUCCUGUUCUGCCAUGGAUAGCAAGGCAUGGGGGGAAAGAGAAAAAAGGACAAAGACUGAACCCUGACCUCUAACCACAAAACUGUCCUGUUCUGCUGUGGACAGCAAGUCAUGGGUGAAGAGGGGAAACAAGGACAAAGGGAACAAGGAGAGCGUUUCAAAUGUGAACUAAAGACAGUUUCCAAAUGUGGACAUCUGCUGGACUGCGUUUAGAACUGCCGGUCUGUGGUAAAAAAUUAGCGUUCAUCUCAGCCCUUCAGUUCCUAGACUUGAUUCUGCCCUUCAGUCCCUAGACUUGUUGGUCCUGACGGAGACAUGAUCACCCCAGUGAACACUGCUACUCCAGUUGCCCUGUCUUUAUCUGACUACGUUUUCUCUCAUAAUCCGAGAGCAUCUGGUCAUCACCGUGGUGGCACAGGGCUACUCGUUUCUCAUAAUGGGAGAUUUUCUCCUUUCUCCCUCACCUGUCCAUCUCCUCAUUUGAAUUCCAUGCUGUCAAUGUCACUUGUCAACUAAAGCUUAACAUUGUUUUAAUCUAUCGCCCAUCAGGUUCCCUUAGAGAGUUCCUCAAUGAGCUUGACACCUUGAUAACCUCAUUUCGUGACAAUGGCUCACCGCAAUCUCCUUUUCUUUCUCCCUUUCCUCCAACCAUAACCACUCAGCCCCUACCUAGAUGGUCAUGCACUGUCGCAAUCUUCUCUGUCUCUCUCCCACUACUCUCUCCUCUUCUAUCCUAUCUUCUCUCCCUUCUGCUAAAUCCUUCUCCCUCCUGUCUCCAUAUUCUGCCUCUUCGACCCGACUCUCCUCUUUUUCUGCAUCCUAUGACUCUCACUGUCUUCUUUCCACCGGCCGGCUCCCAACCGGCUCGGGCUUCCCUUCCUGCUCCGUGGCUGAGUGACUCAUUACGAGCUUACAGAACAGGGCUGCAGGCAGCUAAAUGACUCAUUAGGAGCUUACAGAACAGGGCUGCAGGCAGCUGAGUGAAAAUGGAGGAAAACUAAAUCAUUAUUUUACUCCCUCUUCUCUACCUUCUGUUCCUCUGUAUCUGCUGCUUUCUAUCACUCUAAAUUUAAGAUUCUGCCUCUAACCCUAGGAAACUAUUUUCCUCGCCUUAAUCCCCCUCCCUCCUUCCUCCUCCCUCUCUGCAGACGACUUUGUCAACCACUUUGAACAGAAGGUUGACGACAUCCACUGUGAUUCACUAUUGAAUCCACUGGUCCCAGAACUACCCUACGUCUGGACUUUUUUUUCGCCAGAUGAAAUCCUGCGACUUGUGAUUUCCGUCCGCCCGCUCAACCCCACACCCUCCUCCCUUCUCCAGACCAUCUCUGGAGACCUUCUCCCAUUCCUCACUUCCCUCAUCCCCUCCUCCCUCCCUCCAUCCCCUCCUCCCUCCCUCAUCCCCUCCUCCCUCCCUCAUCCCCUCCUCCCUCCCUCAUCCCCUCCUCCCUCCCUCCAUCCCCUCCUCCCUCUCUCAUCCCCUCCUCUCUUCUUCAGACCAUCUCUAGAGACCUUCUCCCAUUCCUCACUUCCCUCAUCAACUCAUCCCUGACCACUGGCUGCAUCCCCUCUGACUUCAAAAUGGCAGAGUCGCUCCCCUCCUCAAGAAACCAACAAUUGACAUCAGAAACUAGAGAACGAUAUUCUAGAUCCUAACAAGAUGGGUCACUCAACCCAGACUGCUCUCCUCUGUGUCACGGAGGCUCUCCACACUUCCAAGCUGACUCUCUCUCGGUUCUCAUCCUCUUAGAUCUAUCUGCUGCCUUAUCGUGAACCAUCAGAUCCUCCUCUCAACCCUCUCAGGGCUGAGCGUCUCAGGCUCUGCCUCCUCUCCAUCCUCUCAGGGCUGGGUGUCUCAGGCUCUGCCUCCUCUCCAUCCUCUCAGGGCUGGGCGUCUCAGGUUCUGCACACUAUUGAAUUGCAUACUACCUGGCAGGCUCCUCCUACCAUGUGAUGUGGAGAGGUUCUGUGUCUGCACCACGCGCUCUCACUACUGGUGUCCCCAAGGUUCGUUCUAGGCCCUCUCCUUUUCUCUCUAUAGACCAAGUCACUCAGCCACCCCCUUCGCACACACAGUUGGCAACACGCAUCUAUGUGUGCCACCUCAACCUCGACAAGACAGAGCUGCUCUUCCUCCCGGAGAAGGCCUGCUGCUCCAUGAUUGACAACAUCACAGAGUCUGCCUCACAGAGUGCAAAUAACCUUGGCAUGAAUCUAGGCCCUUGUCAUCUCCAGUCUGGACUACUGCAACUCACUGUUGUCUGGGCUCCCCGUUUGUGCCAUCAAAGCCCUGAAAUUUAUCCAGAAUGCCGCAGCCCACCUGAUGUUCAACCUUGCCAGGUUGUCCCAUGUGACACCACUCCUCCGCACACUCCAAUGGCUUCCAGUUGAAGCUUGCAUCCACUACAAGACCAUGGUACUUGUCUACGGAGCCGCAAGAAUAACUACCACUCCCUACCUCCAGGCUUUGGUCAAACCCUACACCAACCCAUCCACUACAAGACCAUGGUACUUGUCUACGGAGCAGCAAGAUGAACUUCCCCUCCUUACCUUCAGGCUAUGCUGAAACCCUACACCCCAACCCAAGCACUCCACUUUUCCACCUCUGGUCUCUUGGCCCUCCCACCCCUAUGGCAACUCCCGCUCAGCCCAGUCAAAGCUCUUCUCUGUCCUGGCACCCCGAUGGUGGAACCAGUUCCCCUUGAAGCUAGGACAGCAGUCCCUGCCCAUCUUCCCAAAACAUCUGAAGCCUUACCUCUUCCAAGAGUAUCAUAAAAUGAUCCUACACACUCCCCCAAAUUAAAAUAACCAUUCGUGAACUAACACUCACAAGUUUUACCCCCCCCCCCCCCCCACCCCAAAAUAACACUGACUUUGCUAAAUAGCUACAUUAUUGAGGAAUAAUCUACUUAGUAUGCCUGAGCUAUAUGGUUGUCCCACCUAGCUAACCCUAUCCCUAUCUUGAGAUGAAUGCACUAACUGUAAGUCACUCUGGAUAAGAGCUUAAAAUGACUAAAAUGUCGAUGUAAAUCUGCUGGACACUGAAGUUCAGCUGAAUCUGGGGAGAAAUGAUUCUGUGAAUAUUAAGCUUGCUGACUGUUAAGUCUCGAACUGUAAAUACUUUUGGAUCGUGCUGAAAUGCCUGAGGUUAAUUAAAACAUAUUUUUUUUUUC